AUGGGCCCCCGUACCGCCUCCUCAUGCUGCUGCCAGGCCCGUAAUCUGCCAUGGGCCCCCGUACCGCCUCCUCAUGCUGCUGCCAGGCCCGUAAUCUGCCAUGGGCCCCCGUACCGCCUCCUCAUGCUGCUGCCAGGUCCAGAGUCUCUCAUGGGUCCCUGUACGGCCUCCCAUUGCUGCUGUCUCCAUCGCCACACUCUGCCAUGUGCCACUUUCAGGUCUCCUCACACUGCUGGUGGGUUCCAUUUUGUCAUAGGGUGCUGUAUGGCCUCCCAUUGCUGCUGCCUCCACCGCCACACUGUGGCUCCACACUCUGGUUUUGGCCCCGUGACUGCCCAAAUGAGUGAAGUGUGCGGUGAUUCUAAGAUCGACGGCACUCAUCUGCAUGUCAUACUGACUGACAGUAUUAUUUCUCUUCCCCAGCAGACUCCAAGGGCAUUUAAAUUAAAGGUACAGUGUUCUGCACUAAUAUAA